AUGAACUCGCGGCCUCUCGCCCUCCUGCUAUCCGUCGCGGCCGCCGCCGCAGACCGCUCCUCCUCGAGGCCGCUGCUGCUCGUUCGCGGCGGCGCCUCCUCCUCCUACCCAGGCGCCGGCUACGUCCCGCCUCAGCGGUCCUACCCCGGCGGCGGCUACGUGCCGGUGCAGCAGCAGCCGCAGCAGCAGCAGCCGGCGGGCACGAUGAGCGACGCGGAACGCGUCUACGUCACCCAGCAGUUCGCGAGGCCCGCCGUCCGCCGCCAGUUCCUCGCUCGCGUCUACUCGACCGUGCUGGUCCAGGUGCUGCUGCUCGCGGCGAUCAUGGCGGCGCUGCGGGGCGCACCGGCGGUCGCGUACCGGCUGAUGCCGUCGGCGCCGGCCUUCCUGCUCCUCGCGACCGCCCCCGCUCUCGCCAUUCAGUUCGCCCCCCGCCUUGCCGAGACACCGCCGUAUGGCCACCUCCUCCUCGCCGCCUUCACCGCCCUUACCGGCGUCGGCAUCGGCGCCGCCACGAUGCCCCUCCCCGCCGACCUCCUCGACACCUUAGGCCUGAUACUGAUGGGACUGGGCCAGGAGAGCGACAGACCGACAGAGAAGGCGAGGUGGUGA